UUGGAAGCUCUUGGAUUAGAUUUGGAAGCUCUAAGUGAAGGAUGAGCAUGGAAAAAGAUCAAGGGCUGCUACUAACUAAACAUGGAUGAAAGAGCAUGCAAUUUAAUUCUUAACAACAACGUAUAAAAGAUAAAAUGAAGUGCACAAGAUAUAUUAGGUCUGACUUGGCACAUGGCCUGCAGGCACCAAAACAGAUUAUAAAGAAAGAAAACGUGUAAUAUUUAUUUUCAUUUCCACAGUUUUUAGAAAAAAAAUAUUUAUAUGAUGGGUGCGAGGCCAAGAAUCUAUAAUAGAAGAUGGAGAAUUGAAGAAUAAAUGCAGAGGCAGUAAGAAAAUUUGAAAAGAAGAAAUAAAGAGGGGAAAAAAAAAGAAAAAGAAAAAGAAAAAAUGCACUUAAGCGAGAACGAAGGCAUAGAGGGCAACACGUUCGUCGUCAGCGGUGGGUUGGGAUUUGUGGGUUGGGCUCUGUGCUUGGAGCUUGUCCGAAGAGGUGCUCGCUCGGUCAAAGCCCUUGACCUUCGAUCCACCUCGCCUUGGUCCAACGAUCUCCACAAACAUGGAGUCCACUGCAUCCAAGGUGAUAUUGUCCAAAAGAAGGAUGUUGAAAGGGCUGUCCGCGGUGCGGAUUGUGUUUUCCACAUUGCUUCAUUCGGCAUGUCUGGAAAAGAAAUGCUGCAAAUUGGCCGUGUGGAUGAGAUAAACAUAAAUGGAACCUGCCAUAUCAUAGAUGCUUGCCUUGAGUAUGGGGUACAAAGACUUGUUUAUGUUAGCACGUACAAUGUUGUAUUCGGUGGGAAAGAGAUCGUGAAUGGAAACGAGACCUUGCCUUAUCUUCCAAUGGAUGACCAUGUUGAUCCAUAUGGACGUGGUAAAUCCAUUGCUGAGCAGUUGGUUCUAAAGAGCAAUGGUCGUCCCUUGAAGAAGAAGAAUGGGAAAUUUCUUUAUACCUGUGCAGUUCGUCCGGCAGCUAUUUAUGGACCUGGUGAAGAAAGGCACCUCCCGCGUAUAGUUUUCCUGGCAAAGUUGGGCCUACUGCCAUUUAAAAUUGGGGAUCCAAGUGUGAAAACUGACUGGAUAUAUGUUGAUAACCUGGUACUCGCAUUAAUAUUGGCGAGCAUGGGACUUUUAGAUGACAUACCUGGGAAGGGGAGACAUCCAAUAGCUGCUGGCCAGCCAUAUUUUGUAUCUGAUGGCUCUCCCAUCAACACUUUCGAGUUCGUCCGGCCUCUACUUAGAAGCCUGGGUUAUGACCUACCUAAAACUUCCUUAGCUGUCCAACAUGCUCUUCUUUUGGGCAGGAUUUUCUGGGCAAUCUAUACGAUGUUAUAUCCAUGGUUGAAUAAAUGGUGGCUUCCUCAGCCCUUGAUCCUUCCUGCAGAAGUAUACAAGGUUGGUAUCACCCAUUAUUUCUCCUUCCUUAAAGCUAAGGAGGAACUUGGUUACAUUCCAAUGGUAACUCCUCGGGAAGGCAUGGCAGCAACAAUCUCAUAUUGGCAAGAGAAGAAAAAGAAAAGCAUGGAUGGACCAACCAUUUACGCAUGGCUAUUUUGUGUGAUCGGAAUGACUACAUUAUUUUGUGCAGCUUAUUUACCAGACAUAGGACCUGUGCCACUCUUGAGAGGAUUUAGCCUUUUCAUCUUCAGGUCAAUGUGGAUAAUGAGGAUGGUGUUCCUUCUAUCUGUGGCAGCUCAUAUUGGGGAGGCUGCAUAUGCAUGGCACCUGGCUAAAAGGGUGGAUCCGGCUAAUUCAAGAGGAUGGUUUUGGCAGACUUUUGCUCUUGGGUUCUUUUCCUUGCGUUUUCUCUUGAAGAGAGCGAGGAAAUUAGCCUAGAUUCUCAUUUUGUAUUCUAUUGGAUUUAUGUAUACCCGUGUAAAAUUCAAAAUUUCUCUUCGUGCAAGGAAAUAUGUCUUCAUGUUCAAAAAUUCUGUCCCAAAGAAAAUGUAAACAACGAUAUUUUCUCAGCUUUCCGUAUUCCAUAUUUGCAUUGGAAGAGCAAAUGGUAGUAAACGUAAUUUUCGUGA